AUGAAUAUAGAGUAGAAUCAAUAAGCUAGACAAUUAGAUGACUAGGAUAGUGGAUACAGGCUCUAGCAAAAUAGAGCCAGAGAUGAAAAUCCCUAUUUCUCUAAUAAGAUAUUAGACGAGGAAGAUCAGUUGGGCUUCAUAAGAAAAGUCUAUGGUAUAUUGCUAACCUAGAUAACAAUAACAGCACUAUGCUCAUUACUACCCUUAGUUGACGAGGGUGCGAGACUCUUUUUAAUCAGAAAUCAGUCAGUUGUAAUAUUUCUAAUGAUACUAGCUAUAGUAAUUCAAUGUGGAAUGUUCUGCAUAUAAUCGCUAGCAAGGACUGCUCCAAUUAAUUAUGUUUUGAUGUUUGGUUUUACAAUUUGUGAGGCCUACAUUGUAGCAUUCAUCUGUGCUACAGUGAGAAAUCCGCUUAUUGUUGCUCAAGCUGCUUUUAUGACUGCUGGAAUAGUAUUUGCUCUGACUUUGUAUGCUGUGUAAAGCAAAACAGAUUUUACUGUGAUGGGAGGGAUGGCUUUUGUUUUAGCCGUUGGCUUUAUAAUGUUUUCGAUGCUCAGCUUUCUAUUUGGACCAACUAUGAGGUUAAUAUAUUGUACAUUAGGUGUGUUGAUAUUUGGUUUUUAUUUAGUUAUCGACACAUAACUCUUAAUUGGAGGCAGAAGAUACCAACUGGAUAAAGAUGAUUAUAUACUUGCAGCAGUUAUCCUGUAUCUUGAUAUUAUCAACAUCUUCUUGUAUAUUUUACAAAUCCUGACAUAGCUAAUGGGAGGCUAAAAGGAAUGA